GAAAACCCAGCUCUUCCAAAAGCAUCUUUUGUCAUAGCACUGACCAACUUCCUACCCUGCACUUGCAUCCACCUCAGCACUCUCACCAUCUAUCAGUCCACUGUUCUUAUCGAGUAGAGUUCUUUCUAAGACUUCUUCUAUGGAGCUUAUUCCUCUCUUGGAUAAAAGCGUCUGCUAAAUGCUUGUUCUGUGUUAUUGUUCAUUUAUGUAUCAUGUACAUCUUUUAUAUACUUUUUAUUUUCUACAGCUGCUACCUCGGCCCAAGUGUCCUCUGUAAAAGAGAUUUCUAAUCUCAAUGACUUUGACUUCCUGGGUAAAUGAAGGUCCAUUUAAGUCAAGUCUCCACACGAGACCUUCUUGGGCCAUCGGGGUAAAUCCAGCGAUUCUGCAGUAAAUCAAACUGCGGCUUGAAAAACAGAGAUGAUGAUGAUGAUGAUGAUGAUGAUGGUGACACCGAGAGCUCCACACUGAGCCUCUCUCUUCAUAUGCAGCCGGGGGAUGGAACACAGGCAUCGUCACAUUCAGAAAACUGACAAGUGAAGAGAGAGGCUGAGAGGCGUCGGUAUCCAGGAUUGUAAACAUGGAAUUGUCAACGUCAAACUAUGACAACUGGACCAUGUCAGACGAUGACAACUGGACCACUCCAGACUAUGACAACUGGACCAUGUCAAAUGAUGACAACUGGACCAUGUCAAACUAUGACAACUGGUCAGACUAUGACCCAGAUGAAGUGCUCUGCAACCUGCAGCUUGACCCCGAGGAGAUCAUGGCCCAAGCGUACACCCAGGCCAUCAUCUGUGCCUUUGGCCUGAUGGGCAACACUCUGGUCAUCCUCACGUACGCGUUCUACAAGAGGACCAAGACCAUGACAGACGUCUACCUCUUCAACAUGGCCGUGGCCGACCUGCUCUUUGUGCUGGCGCUGCCGUUCAUCACAUACAACGAGCAGCACAACUGGUCAAUGGGCCUCGUGUCUUGCAAGAUACUGGGCGCGGCCUACAGCGUCAACCUCUACAGUGGCAUGCUCCUGCUCGCGUGCAUCAGUGUUGACCGCUACAUCGCUAUCGUUCAGGCCAGAAGGUUCUUUGGUGCUCGCUCACGCACGCUGACGUACGGCCGCAUCACCUGCUGCGCUGUUUGGGUGUUUGCUGUGCUUUUGACCCUGCCCACGUUCAUCUACACCAAGCCCUCUGAAGGCCCCGGCCUCGGCACGUCGGCUGUCGUCACGUGUCAGCUGUCUUUCAACGAGCACGAGACAGCUCGGCUGAUCAAGCUGCUGGUUCCCAGCCUUCAGAUGUCCAUCGGCUUCCUGCUGCCUCUGGUGGUGAUGAUGUUCUGCUACUUCAGCGUCAUCGGCACGUUGCUGAGGACGCAGAGCAGCCAGAGGCACAAGGCCGUCCGCGUGGUUCUGGCUGUGGUCGUGGUUUUCAUCGUGUGCCACCUUCCGUACAACGUGGCUCUGAUGAAUCACACCAUGUCUCUUUUCAAGGUGAGGAGCUGCGCGGUGGAGAGGAUUAAACUCCGAGUGCUGGCCUUCUCCAGGGGCGUGGCCUACCUCCACUGCUGCCUCAAUCCCGUCCUCUACGCCUUCGUCGGGGUCAAGUUCAGGAGCCACUUCCAGCAAAUCAUGCGGGAUCUGUGGUGCAUUAGCAAAAAGUACAUCUACCCCGCUGUGCGCUCAUCACGCGGAACAUCGGACGUUUGCGUCUCCUUUAAGUCUUCAGACGGCAACAACAACAUGUCGUCGUUCAGUGCAUGAAGCUGCAGUCUUUAGAUCAGCAGAGAAUCUGUGUGAAAUGUGCUGAAAUAAAGGCAAAAAUACAAAUAUAGCAAAAGUAUUACAACUGUGAGACACAGGGAGCAGCGAGGUCCCAUACACACAAAACACAGAUGACAGUCAACAGACUGAAACCUUCACCUUCAGAAGUCCAAAUAUCACAUCCUAUAGGUAGAGACGCUCACUUAAAGUCCAAAACUAUAAGAAAAGCAGAAUAUUAAAUCCAAAAACACAAAUCCAAAGGUGAAUAGAAACCCUUUAGCAUUUAAAAAGUUUACAGCGGUGUUGGUGCAAGCUCCCCGACCUCUCAAGAGGAAACAGGAUGAAGGAUAAAGUUAAUAAAUGAAUAAAGAUUAGCGAUUAUUAUCACAUUUCUGUGGCACAGUGUGGUGUUGUUGCUCAAAGUAGAAUAGGCAGAUGUUGUGUGUGCUUUAGACCGUAGUUGCUGAUAACGUAGUUCCGUUUGAGUCUUUUCAUACGGGUGUAAAACUAUUGGAACUUGGAUUGAACCACACGUCCAGAAUUUUCUAAAUAAAAGCAAAGCUGCUUCAAACCAA